AUGGAGCCUCGUCAAUCUCAUCUGGGAGGGUUUCUCCUCCUCCUGUUGGCUUCAAUCUUGUCCGCCGCUGCACCUCUACUCUCGGCACACGAGUUCUCCGCCGAUGGGACGGUCUUGGAGCUUGAGGAAUCCAAUUUUGACGCGGCGAUCUCCUCCAUUGAUUACAUCCUCGUCGACUUUUACGCUCCCUGGUGCGGGCACUGCAAGCGCCUGGCUCCCGAGGUUCGCAACUGUCUCCACCCUGUUUCUCUAUGCAUCUCAGACAUUCUGGACGAUGUGGUGUCAUUUGUGCUCUGCGGUGUCCUAUUCAUGUCAAUCUGUAUCUCUUCGGUCACGUGGCUUCCAAGUUAUUUGAAAGCUGUGUAUUUUAGUAUUAGGUUUCAUGCGACAAGUUUCUUUUAUUUCUGUCUGUGCUGGCUGAAACCUUUUUGAUUGAUGCUGUUAUCCCAUGUCAUAUCCGCCAUAGAGGAGAACUGAUCAGUAAUUUAGAAUCUAAGAUCACGUUGGGUAUGGAAUCCACAAUGCAAAGAAAAUAGUUAGAUUGUUGGCUAUAAACUGUAGCGAGUUGAUUAUGAUUAUCAAAGAGUUUGUCAGAUGCAUCCAUUUUAAGCCGUAGAGGAGUCACUGAUGGAGGUGACAAAUCAAAAACCAGAAAGUGGACUUUCGAGAGGCUGAGGCUGAGGCUGUGGGGAGCUUGUUUAGGUCUACUCACCAUUCCUCUAUGACAGAAAAUUGACUCGACAAAUCUUCUUCUUUGGUCUUUUCCCCAUAUUUUCUCCUGUCACUUUGCAACUACGAAAUAGAUGUUCAACUUUUUCUUUUUUUCCAAACAUGUUUUGAACUAUUCAUGUUCCUAUAAAUUGGUGGUGCCUGAAUGCAAUAGAAAUAUCAUCAGUAGUCCAUCUGUCAAACAACCGGUGACAACCAUUUACAGUAGAGGAAUGGUGAGUAGAGGUGGAUGUGUUGAAACAUUCUAACAUCAGCUUUACUCAUUUGUUGAAAGUUUGGUGGUGCCUGUGUUUGUAUGAUUUGCUUAAAUAUUCAAAACUGUCAGAUUGUGAUCCAAAUGCUUCAUGCAUUUACAGUUUCGAUAUUGUUUCCAUCCUUCCCCUCCUUGUAAAUGCAGUAUAGUUGUUUCAGUUCAUGCGCACAUGCAUACAAACUUGUUUUUUUUUUUUUAAUUCUUCCUUUUCCUUAUGGUAAAAUGCUUUUCCCGAACUUUGAGAUGAGUGCCUGAUUGUAUGUAGCCUGAUAUAAUUAUUUUUUAUUUUGCUACUGGGCUAUUUUUAAAGCUUUCUUGUUACAAAUUUUUCAUAUUCUAUUCUUCUUUUUUAGACUUUACUCGAGAGACUGAGACAUCAGCAUUAGUGCAGAACCUUUAUGUAUAGUCAAGUUUCCCCUAUGUAUCUUGCAUUGCUAUCAUAAGGUUAAUUACGCAGGAUUUUUGAUAAUGAUGAUGAUGAUGGCAGCAGUGGAGCCAGGCUAUGUUAAUUGAUGUAGUGUGUUGAAGAUCUUGCCUUUAAAGAAUUGACAUAUUGUUAUUUACUGCCAGGUGGUGGGUAUACAAUGGCUCUCUUGUAAUAGAAUUUUUGGUACGUACUUAUCAUAUCUUGUCUGUUGAAGGAAAUUAGGACGGUUGGAAUAGGUAAUAGAAUAUUAAUUAAGAUGUUUACUAGAAUAUGGUGCUAGUAUGGAAACUUGACGGAUUUUACUUAAUAAGAAUGCUUAAAACCCCUUUUUCUAGCUCUUUAAUUUAUGGCUUCUCGCUGGUGUCAUGACAGAAAUGUGAUUGUUGAUAGCCAUAGAACCUCCUCCCAAGAAAGGAAAAUUAAACUUUCAUUUUCACACGAAACCUAUUUUGGCGGUCAUUUAAUGUCAAGUUAAAAAUUGUCCCUUCGGGGACAUCCGAUAAAAUUGGAACGAUACAGAGAGGAUUAGCAUGGCCCCUGCGCAAGGAUGACACUCACAAAUCGAGAAAUGGUUCAAGAUAUAUAUACUCCACUCUGAAAUAACCCUAUCAAUACUGUAACUUUUCCCAACCAAAAAAAUGUAACACUAUCUGAUAUUUGACUCUGUAUUUUUGGUUUUGUUCAUUGUCAGUACUGACAUCCAAAGGGAAAUCAUUUCACAUACUGUUUUCUACCACUGUUCUGUGCUUUGGAUCUUUAGUUUCCAAAAUUCAGGCAAGGAAGCAAAAGGUCUUGGCAUAGAUGUGCGGAUGAAAUAUGAAAAAUAUGAGGGCUCAAGUACGUGUUGCCUGUGCACGUGUGUGUGUCUGUCUGCUCUCCUACUCAUGUAUAUAGAAUAAUUUUAAUAAAUUAAACAUGCCCAACUGAGAAAGUUUUUACCUUGUAGUACAUGUCUGGAAUGUGUUGACAGGUUUGAAAAUUUCUCAUCAUUCGUAUGUUGUAUCAGAUGUCGAUGGAUUUGAUUUUAUUGGUAUGGUUGGUUUGAAAUAGAAGUAUGGUUAUUGCUGUCUUGUUAUUUACAAUUCUUUAAGGAUUCCCAACCGAGUUUCCUCUUAUUCUAAAACUUCUUUGGUUCAUGCGUGAUAAAGCAUCCUGAUGAUGCCUUUUAUUUGUUGUUUGCAGUUGGAUGCUGCUGCGCCCCUACUCGCUCAGUUGGAUCACCCCAUUGUGAUUGCCAAAAUAAAUGCUGAUAAAUAUUCCAAACUUGCUUCUAAAUAUGAAAUUGAGUAUGUGGACAUUUAUUUGAUUUCCACCUUAAUUUUACUUGUUAUUAUUUAUUAUAGUAGUAAAUAUUUUUAAUGGAUGGCUUCCGCAUGUGAUUUUUCCCUUAGGAGUUAUUAUUUACUCUUAAGCAUGGAAAUAUGAUUUUGGACAACAAAACUGAAAAAUGAUUUUUCUCCUCUUUUGUUGUAGCGGGUUUCCCACAUUGAAGGUUUUUAUUCAUGGCAUCCCAACUGAUUACUCUGGUCCAAGGAGACAUGAUUUGCUUGUUAGAUAUUUGAGAAAGUUUGCUGCGCCUGAUGUGGUUAUACUUGAAUCAGAUUCUGGCAUUCAUGAUUUUGUUGAGUCUGCUGGAACAAGUUUUCCGGUAUUCAUCGGCUUUGACUUGAAUCAGUCUGUAAUAUAUGAAUUAGCGAAGAAAUACAAGAAAAAAGCCUGGUUUUCUGUAGCAAAAGAUUUCUCUGAAGAUGUUAUGGUAAGAUACGACUUUGACAAGGUUCCUGCAUUGGUCUCUCUUCACCCCAAGUAUAAUCAGCAAAGCGUCUUUUAUGGCCCUUUCGAUGGUACGUUUGGAACAAGAAAUGGCAGUCUUUUAUCUGCUUUAGUCUACAGAUUUUGUAUUGAUGUUCUGUUCUUGUAUAAGUUCGAUAGGCGAGUACACUAUUAUGCCAUAUAGAAAAUUGUGUGCUGUAAGACAUUCAUGAACACAUUGAAUAUAGCGAACAAAUGAUGAUGAUCAUUACUCUACAGAAAAAAACGAAGGUAAAGAAGGAACUGGGUAAAGGUUUUGUGUGUAUUUUGCCAAAAAUAUGGAGAGUUGAAAGCAUGUAAUUCUGCGAAGAUGUUCUUGGCUUAAAUUUGGUUAAUGUGAAAACGAGAAUCCGCGUUAUGCAUAUUUAUCCUCAUAAACAUGCUUUUAUUUUUUUGGCACGUACAAUAGUGCGCUGGAAUCAAUCUGCUGUUAGUUGCCGAAUAAAAUGGAACAAAUAUGAAACACCAAGUUACUUAUUUGGCAAAUUAAAAGCUGAAAUACUAUAUAAAUGUCUUCAUUGAAAUGGCUAGGAUUUUUUUCUUCUUCUGAAAAUCAUGUGUGUACUUGACGUGAUUAUUUCUGCAUUCAAUCCUGCAUUCGGAGGAUUUUACUAGAGCCAUCUGGCUGGAGUAAGUUUUGCUACUCGAUGUCUGGUUGUGGACGUCACAUCCAAUACUGUUUACAUCUCAUGAUGUCCCACAUUCAUCUCUGGACUCCAUUUAUGCCCUGGGUAUGGGGAUGGCUGGCGGAUUAACAAGUUAACUCUUCCAUAGCUGAUCAUGUUGAUAAACCACACACUCUGCCCCGUCUCCUCCUCGGGGCGGGGGGACAGUGGAUCUCAUUCUCCUCUUUCUUGAGGAGGACAGAUUCAUGGAGAGUCCAUUGCGAUGGCCUCUUGCCUGCUGAAACAUGCAAAAGCUGAAUGUCUAAUCAGAUGGGUCAUUUAUUUGCUUGGCCCAUAUGAUCUCCGCCAUGCCACUUAUGGAAAGUGUUGACAUGUGGUUCUCUUGGAAUGUGCAGGAGAUUUUUUGGAGGAUUAUAUUAAGCAGAAUCAGCUGCCUCUGGUCGUUCCUAUAAACUUUGAGACAUUGAAGCAAAUGGGUGAUGACAAGCGAAGAAUUGUAGUGACAUUUUUGGAAGAUGACGUGGGUGAGAAUUCACAGAAACUUGUGAAGAUCUUGAAGUCUGCUGCAUCUGCGAAUCGCGACCUAGUGUUUGCAUAUGUUGGAGUCAAGCAGUGGGAAGACUUCACAGAAACAUUUGGCAUCAACAAGAAAUCGGAGCUUCCAAAGAUGCUCAUCUGGGACGGAAAUGAAGAGUACCAUGUGGUGAGGAACAUCUCUUUUUUGUGGCAUAACAUGUGCUAUUUUCUUGUCUAUGAAAUAUCAUAUUACAUAUGUAUAUACACAUAACAUACGGAUAGAUUACCUUCUUAGAACAAUUUCCCUGAACAUUUUGUCAACAUUUAUGGGAUUAAAUCUCUCUUUGUUCCCUUUCUCUUGUAGUGUAUUCUUCUGAAGAGAAAUCCAUCCCUUCAUUGCUGACUUCAAUUUCACUUCUGGCUUGCAGUCUGAUAGCUAAACUCAUGUGGUAAUUUGGAAGACCUUUUUUUUUUUUUUUGUUUUUUUUUUUGGAGAUCGUCCGGGAGUGUAUUAAACAUGACGAUCUUUGUAGAUAGCGAAUGAUCCCUGGUAGAGAGAACAAGAACUACUGGGUGGAAUUUAUUUGCCAUAAAUGGAGUCCCUUUAUAAAUUCACAUAAUAGUGUCACACCAUAUCCGAGAUUAUCCCUCACUAUCUUUAUAUCAUCACUCAUAGAAAAACAUCAGAUGACAUACAUUCAAUCUUGCAUCAUUUUUUUGAGAGAGGCAUCUUUUUUUUUUUCUGACGGGAUCAUUUCCGCAGGUUGAGGGUUUAGAGAGUCUUAAGGGCGAUCUGGACCAGGGUUCUCAAGUAAGCCAGUUCCUCGAGGCAUACAGAGAAGGGAGAACCAUUCGGAAGAGGGUCAGCGGCCCUUCACUGAUGGGCUUCAUCAAUUCACUCAUCACCAUCAGGACCGUAUAUCUCAUCGUGUUCAUCGUCGCUGUGAUCAUGGUCAUCCAAUAUGUCACCAGGUCAGACGACGAUGAUGGUGCUCAACUAGGAAGCAGCAGCAGCAGCUCCACUGCUGCCAGUAGCUCCGUUUCUGAGCAGACCAGGCAGGAAGAGUACCAGCCUGGGGACAAGGAGGACUGA